GGUCCUCGCCGCGGGCGCGUAGGUGUCCUCGUAAGAUGCCGGCUCGGCGGCGCUCGGCUUUUCCCCCCCCAAGAUGGCGUCCAUGCGGGAGAGCGACACGGGCCUGUGGCUGCACAACAAGCUGGGGGCCACGGACGAGCUGUGGGCGCCGCCCAGCAUCGCGUCCCUGCUCACGGCCGCGGUCAUCGACAACAUCCGCCUCUGCUUCCACGGCCUCUCGUCGGCCGUGAAGCUCAAGCUGCUGCUCGGGACGCUGCACCUCCCGCGCCGCACGGUGGACGAGAUGAAGGGCGCGCUCACGGAGAUCAUCCAGCUCGCCACCCUGGACUCGGACCCCUGGGUGCUCAUGGUGGCCGACAUCCUGAAGUCCUUUCCCGACACCGGGGCUCUUAACCUGGAUCUGGAGGAGCAGAACCCCAACGUCCAAGACAUCCUAGGAGAGCUCAGGGAGAAGGUGAACGAGUGUGAGGCGUCCGCCAUGCUUCCGCUGGAGUGCCAGUACCUGAACAAAAACGCCCUAACGACACUGGCGGGUCCCCUCACGCCCCCGGUGAAGCACUUUCAGCUGAAACGGAAGCCGAAGAGCGCCACGCUGAGGGCCGAGCUGCUGCAGAAGUCCACCGAGACGGCCCAACAGCUCAAGAGGAGUGCGGGUGUGCCCUUCCACGCCAAAGGCCGGGGGCUGCUCCGCAAGAUGGACACCACGACCCCGCUAAAAGGCAUCCCGAAGCAGGCGCCCUUCAGGAGCCCCACUGCCCCCAGCGUCUUCAGCCCCGCCGGGAACCGCACGCCCAUCCCGCCGUCCAGGACGCCCCUGCGGAAGGAGAGGGGCGUGAAGCUCCUGGACAUCUCCGAGCUGGAUGUGGUUGGUGCUGGCCGGGAGGCCAAGAGGCGCAGGAGGGCCCUGGACACGGAGGCGGUGGAGAAGCCUGCCAAGGAGGAGACGGUCGUGGAGAACGCCACCCCCGACUACGCGGCCGGCCUGGUGUCCACGCAGAAACUCGGGUCUCUGAACAGCGAGCCCGCUCUGCCCUCCACGAGCUACCUGCCGGCGACGCCCAGCGUGGUCCCGGCCUCGUCCUACGUCCCCAGCUCCGAGACGCCGCCAGCCCCUUCACGGGACGGCAGCCUGCAAGCCAGUCGCCCCCCCGAGGAGCCCGGCGCGCCGAGCCCGGCGCUCCCGGCGCAGUUCAAGCAGCGGGCGCCCUUGUACAACAGCGGGCCCAGCCCCGCGGCGCCCCCACCCGCCGCGCCCCCCUCGCCCCUGACGCCCACCACGCCCCCAGCCGCCGCUCCUGCUGCCCAGACGCCUCCGGUGGCCAUGGUGGCCCCCCAGGCCCAGCAGCCCCCAGCCCAGCAGCAGCCCAAGAAGAACCUGUCGCUCACGAGGGAGCAGAUGUUCGCGGCGCAGGAGAUGUUCAAGACGGCCAACAAGGUCACGAGGCCCGAGAAGGCGCUCAUCCUGGGCUUCAUGGCGGGCUCCCGAGAAAACCCGUGCCAGGAGCAGGGCGACGUGAUCCAGAUCAAGCUGAGCGAGCACACGGAAGACCUGCCCAAGUCGGACGGCCAGGGCAGCACCACCAUGCUGGUGGACACGGUCUUCGAGAUGAACUACGCCACCGGCCAGUGGACGCGCUUCAAGAAGUACAAGCCCAUGGCCAACGUGUCCUAGGGCCGCUGGGCACGUCCCCGCCCACUUACGCUUUAGAUCCGGUUUCUCUGGGGCGUCCUGGACUUGUUUUCUAAAUUUUAAUAUGGGUCCUUUUUGUGUGAUUUAAGACACUUUUGGAUUCAGUAUUACAUUUUUGAAUGUUAAACUUAGCCAAAAAAAAGUUGUAACUUCUUAAUCUUGGCAACAGCUCCGCCUGUUAGACUUGGACCUUUUCUUAGUUUUUCUUAAAUCCCGCUGACCUGGAGGGCUUUCCUGCUAGGGCAGCACGGGCCCCACCCGCACAGUUGAGGGACCAAAGGUGGCGCCCACGGUGGUUGAGAGCGGGGUGGGGCCGGCCCGGGGCCCGGGGUGGGCCGCGCUCACACCCACAGGUUUUGUAUUUGCCUUUUGUACAGUUGGGAGCAUUUAAGACCAGUCCUUGGGUACCUGUUUUCAUUGUAAAAACUACCUAAUUAAAGUUUAGCUUUUCUAAA